AUGGGAGACUGCAACAACAUUGAAGACUCAAAGACAGGAUGGGAAGACUCCGGCCAAGCCAUCGACUUCGAAACGCCCCAACGCAGCUUCACUUGCGAUAGUCAGACAACAGACUCCACGGAUGCAGACAGUGCUACCACGCAGAGCUCAGUUGCCCCCGGCUACCAUCGCUUGGCCAGCCCAGAAGACACACCCACAGUUAUCAAGGAUGAGAUCAAGAUCCCUGAACGUGUCGUACCCGUUGAGAAAACGACUAGUGCAUAUCCGAGUCCCAGCAUUGGAGCGAGCGAGGACGAAUUGGAGGAAAUAGACGUUGCCGCCUCCCAAAGCGAGGACGACGAAGAUGACGACGACUAUCACCCAGACAGGAAGCAUCCCGCUUCCGCCGCUGCUCGGACUAAUAAGCUGAAGAGAGGCGCAGCCAAGCAGCCCGUCGACAAGCCGGCCCCAAAAAGAGUGAGGACGGCCUCGUCGGCCCAGCCACUCAAGAUCCUACCACCGCCGAGUAGCAGGAACCAAGGCUCUUACCCCUGCCCGGAGUGUUCCCACUCGUUCAAAGACGAGUGCACUCUUCAGAAUCACGUCAAGAAGCAGCACACCCGGCCCUUUAUCUGCGUUUUCAGGUUCGCCGGCUGCCAGUCGACCUUUGCAAGCAAGAACGAGUGGAAGCGCCACGUCAUGUCUCAGCACCUCCUCCUGUACUACUGGCUGUGUGACAUCGACGUCUGCGCCCACAACAAGAACGACCCAACGGCGCCACACUCGCACAGCGGCAAGCGAAACAAGAGCCGGCGUGCUGAGAACGCUGCCAGUGGCGAGCUCAUCGGGCCGCCCCUCCCGGAUGGUGCGAUCUUCAACCGCAAAGACCUGUAUACCCAGCACCUACGCCGGAUGCAUACACCUGCACAUAUCAAGAAGACCGGGUCUGCCAAGUCGUCCAAGAAGGCCACAGCCUCCGCGCAAGCAUCCUCGUGUGCCAGUGCUGCCGACUGGGACGACACCAUCAAGAACCUCCAGUGCAAAGCGCUGCGCGAGCGUUGCCAGCUGCCGGAGUACAUGGAGUGUCCCGCACCCCGCUGCAACCAGGCCUUUAACGGCGCCGACGCGUGGGACCAGCGGAUGGAGCACGUCGCGAGGCACCUGGAGAAGGCCGCGACCGGGGCGGAAGAGCCGGUUGUGUUUGGCGGGCCGACGGACCCAACCCUCAUGGCUUGGGUUGCAAGGCCCGAUGUUGCCGUCGCGCGGCCGGUGGCGGCCACUGGGGAGUGGGUGCUGAACAACCCGCUCCGGCCGGCGGGCGAGGGCCGCGCUGCGGGCAGGAAGAGGUCGACGACGUCCACUGCUUCUUCGCCCGUGGUUGUUGCGGCGUCGCCUGCCGUCACGUCGGUGGCGAGCGAGAUCCUUGUUGAGGACGAGGAUGAGGAUGCCGAGGGGGAAGAGGAGUGA